UACUUCGCAAACAGUAUGAAUGCAACCUUUGGGAGAAGGAUAAAAUCAUUCUGCGGACGACAAUCGAGCGUUCGACAGCCAGUAGCCCUGGUGAUUUAUUUAAGCGGCAUGUUCGCGCUACUGAUCGUUGUUCUCGCGCUCCAAUAUAGCGCCAAUCGAGCUGAGGAAUACACUUCUCCUUGGCACUAUAAGUGCGAUGGCGGCUUGUGCAAGAAGGUAUUAAUCACGGAACAGGACACCAAUCCGACUGCUCUUAGUGUAUGCCAAUUGUCCUGCGGCCAAGGUGGUACUCUAUGGCCAAAACCGACAGGACAUAUGUCCAUCGGUAGGACCGUAGUGCAGCUUAAUCCUGACAAUAUUGAGCUCGCCGAAAUUUCCACUCAGACGCUGGUAGGAAAUCUUCUUCAAAGAAAUAUCAAUCGUAUAAAAAAAAAUGCUAACAAGCUCGGUGGUCCCGUAUCUUUAAAAACUGGCGGAACCGGGUUAGUGAUACGCUUUAAGGAAGGAUUCAAUCUCAGUAAUGCCAAGUUGACCUUGGAAACAGACGAGAGCUACACUCUCCAAAUAACUGCGGUCGAUGGACAGCUGGAAGCCUAUAUCACGGCAAAAACAUAUUUCGGAGCUCGAUAUGCAUUGGAAACUCUCAGUCAAUUAAUCGUCUUUGACGAUUUGCGCAAUCAAAUUCAAAUACCCAACGAAAUAUAUAUCGUAGAUGGACCAAAGUAUCCCUAUCGUGGAAUCCUUUUGGACACUAGCAGAAACUAUGUUGACAAAGAGACGAUUUUGCGGACAAUCGAUGGUAUGGCUAUGUCCAAAUUGAAUACGUUCCACUGGCAUAUCACCGAUUCCCAGAGCUUCCCCUACGUCAGUAAGACAUGGCCCGAUUUCGUCAAAUACGGUAGCUACACGCCAACUAAGAUCUAUACUUCUGAAAUGAUCAAGGAAAUCAUUGAUUAUGCCUUGGUUCGCGGUGUCAGAGUGCUACCAGAGUUUGAUGCACCUGCGCACGUUGGCGAAGGUUGGCAAUGGGUUGGUGCCAAUGCGACAGUUUGUUUCAAAGCUGAACCUUGGAAGGACUAUUGCGUAGAACCGCCAUGCGGCCAAUUGAAUCCUACUAGCGACAGGGUGUACGAAGUCCUUGAGGGAAUUUAUAAAGACAUGAUAGAAGAUUUUCAACAGCCAGAUAUCUUCCAUAUGGGCGGUGACGAAGUAAACGUCAACUGCUGGAGAUCACAAAAAAUCAUCACUGAUUGGAUGCUGAAGAAAGGAUGGGAUCUUAGCGAAAGCAGCUUUUAUCUAUUGUGGGACUAUUUCCAAGAGAAAGCUUUGGAGAAGCUGAAAAUUGCUAAUAAUAACAAAGAUAUUCCUGUUGUCCUAUGGACCAGUGGACUGACGAGCGAGGAGAACAUUAAACAUUUGGAUCCUGCAAAAUAUAUCAUUCAGAUUUGGACACUUGGCAAUGAUGAAACUAUUGGCAGAUUGUUGCGAAAUGACUUCAAGAUGAUUUUCUCGAAUUACGAUGCUUUGUAUCUUGACUGUGGAUUCGGAGCUUGGGUAGGUGAGGGUAACAAUUGGUGCUCGCCGUAUAAGGGUUGGCAAAAGAUCUACGAUAAUUCUCCAUUAGACAUGAUCAAGAAGCAAGGAUACGGGAAUAAGAAGCAUCUUAUUUUAGGCGGAGAAGCAACGCUUUGGACCGAACAGGCGGAUAGUGCAAAUACCGAUUCGAGAUUAUGGCCAAGAUCGGCAGCGAUGGCUGAGAGAUUGUGGAGUGACCCGGAUUCUCAGUGGUAUCACGCUGAACAGAGAAUGUUAAGGCAUCGCGAGAGGCUCGUUGAACGAAAAAUCCUCGCGGACACUUUGGAACCUGAGUGGUGUUUGCAGAAUCAAGGCUCGUGCUACGCGUAAAUCAUAAAUCUAUGAUUAUAUUAAAAUUAUAUUAUUUUGCUUUUACGCACAAUAUCUCAUUAUUUCUAUAUAUCUGAUAUUAGAAUAAAGCCAUGUUUCAAUUUU